CAAUUAAUGUCCAUAAUAAUAAUCAUAAUGUUAAUAAUACAACAAUCACAAUUAACAAUGUCAUGUGGUCCAGGACGUGGUGGAUCACGACGCCGUAGUCCACGUAAAUUAAUACCAUUAGUAUUCAAACAACAUGUACCAAAUGUAUCGGAAAAUACAUUAGGUGCUAGUGGCCUAAACGAAGGUCCAAUUACACGUAAUCAUCGUCGUUUUAAAGAAUUGGUUCCAAAUUAUAACCAAGAUAUAUUGUUUAAAGAUGAAGAAGGUACCGGUGCUGAUCGUCUUAUGACACAGAGAUUAAAAGAAAAACUAAAUACAUUGGCCAUAUCGGUAAUGAAUCAAUGGCCUGGUGUACGAUUACGUGUAACCGAAGGCUGGGAUGAAGACGGUUCACAUGCAUCAAAUUCAUUACAUUAUGAAGGCCGUGCCGUCGAUAUAACAACCAGUGAUCGUGAUCGUUCUAAAUAUGGUAUGUUGGCCAGAUUAGCCGUUGAAGCCGGUUUCGAUUGGGUUUAUUAUGAAUCACGUUUUCAUAUUCAUUGUUCAGUGAAAUCAGAAAAAUCUGAAUCAGCUCGUAAUGGUGGAUGUUUCGAUCAAAAUAGCACUGUUAUUGGCCACAAUGGUCAAACUAUAAAUAUCGAUAAUUUACGUAUUGGUGAUGAAAUAUUGACAAUGAAUCCAGCGACUGGCCAUCUAGAAUAUAGUUCCAUUAUAAUGUUUUUAGAUCGUAAUCCAUCGAUUGAACGGUUAUAUUAUGAAAUUGAAACCGAAUUCGGUCGAAUGAUUACGGCCACACCAUCACAUUUAUUAUUCAUAUCGGACACAGGAAACAUUGAUGAUAAACAUGAAGAAUUUGUAUCAAAAAUUGAAAUGAAUCAAUAUUUAUUUGUGGUCAUGAAUCAAUCUGAUAAUCAAAACAAAUCAGUAGCAGCCGCAGUGGCAGAAACAACACCAAGAUUGGAACGUAUCAUACGUAUAAGUACGAAAAAAUCCAAAGGAAUCUAUGCCCCAUUGACAGUAACCGGUACAAUUGUUGUAAACAAUAUUGUUGCAUCUUGUUAUGCCAUAAUCAAUAGCCAACAAUUAAGCCAUUUAUCAUUCAUACCGAUUCGUUGGUUAUAUCAAUUUAUCAAAUUUGGUGAUUAUUUAUCACAACAAUUACAUGUACAUCAUAGCCAAUUAAUUAUUAGGACGACAAAACAAUCUGAUCAAUCGCCAUCGCCAUCAUCAUUACCGAUUGGUAUACAUUGGUAUCCACGAUUAUUGUAUACAAUGUUUAAUUAUUUCAUUCCAAAUGAUUACAUUUAUCAAUAAUUUUUCAUUUCUUUGA